GGGAGUAGUCACCCACCCAGCACUUUGACUACUCCCAAUAAGAGCUGUCCCGAAUCAGCUAUUUACAGCCAUGCUAAAUAGCAAAAGUGUCAAUCAGCAUUAGCUGCCGCUAACACAUGAAAAUACCGGCUUUUACUUCGCCGAGGCCAGGAACCUCAGUGACACAUACCUACCAUCAAUGAUGACCCCUUGUACCUUCCUACAGUGUAAACAUAAUUAAAUUCAAAUGCAUAUUUUUUAUCUGUUGUUGAAUCAAAUUUUAUUCCUUACAUCACUCUCUUUACCAGAAUGGAGUACAGAGGUGACUGUGUCUUUUUGGCAAACCAUGUAAUUCCUCUAAUUAUGUGUUUGUGUAUCACAGACUUCGUCCUGAUGAAUUAAAUUCCAUUGUUUUGAAAUACAUGAGUACCACCAUGAAUGUCAAAAUUUCUGAAAUGACCAAUAUUCUAGUAAAUAACAAACCAUCUCCAAUAUUGGCAUCCUAUUGCUUACUUCUGAAGAAAAUCAACAAGCACCAAAUGGAGUUUGAAUUCUUACAGAAUGACAUACCAGAUGAAAAAUAUAAGAGAGAACAUUGCAAUUUUACUGAAGAGCAAACAGUAUAAACCUUGAUGAAGACAUUUUGGAAAAAACAAGCAAAACAUUCAAGAAAAGUCCAGCUUUCUGUGAAGCAAUUCAGAAGAUGAAAUUGCAAUAACUUUAGACAAUCAAGAAAAUCUUCAAAAAGCUUCUAAUUUUGCUGAUAGAGAGAUGGUUUAUUUGGAGCCUCCGGAUUACUCAAAGCAGCAGAAAAUGGAUACAAGCACAAGAUUAACUCCUCUAAGCAAUAAAGAUUUGAAUCAGCAAGAGGUCCAUCAAGAAGAUAUCACACAAUUGGCUGAAAGCCAGAAUUCUGAACUAAGUAGAACAGAUCAGCCUGCCAAAGUCCAAAAUCACCAGGUGCAUGAUCCCUCUACUUCUUAUAUCGUGAAGGCAAAGUCUAUGCCUCUAAGCAGACAUGUUAAUGAUCCUCUUCCUUCCCAAAAGAAAGAAUUUAGACUCAAAGACCUAAAAUCAUCUGUUGUUAAUGCUCCAUUUAUUUGGCAUCAACAUCAAGACAGAGAAAUAGUACCUGAAACACCACAUCAGUCCACUCUACCUCAGCUCAGGCAACCUGGACUGAGAGACACAUUUACAAAAAAAGUUGCCUGGGUUACAUCUUCACAAAAUACAAAAACUGGUCCUAUGGGAAGUGGCAUGAAUUCCAUGAGACCACCUGUUUUUCCAAUGUUGGAUUCAACCAAGACUAAAAGGAUCAUGGUUCAAUUGGUUCCAGCUCAGAAAACUACAAAACAGAACCUCCCUUUGUUAUUGUCAUGUCAAAAAAGGUCAGCAAAAAAGUGGGACAAUAAAAAAGCUAUAUAG